CGUAGCUAGGCUAGCUUCUCAUUGGCAUGUUAUGUUUUCAGCAGUAACAACAGUCUGCAAUAAUAUUUGUAAAACCUCGCUUAUGAAAGCUGUGCAACUUUUGUGUGUCUUAUUAGACCAGAAUGGAGGGCAAAAUGAUCGGACCGGGUCCGUACAGGGCAACAAAGUUGUGGAAUGAAACUAUCAAGCUCUUCCGUGGAGGCAUGCCACUGAAAAGACACUGGGCAUACUUCCGUAGCUAUGACAACAGCUUCACUGGAUCCGAGGCUGUUGAUUGGCUACAUGAGCUGCUGAAGCGGAACCAUAACUUUGGGCCGGAGGUGACCCGGUACCAGACCCUACAACUGCUCAGGAAAUUCAUGAAGAACCACGUCAUUGAGGAUGUUAAGGGCCGUUAUGGGAAGGAAGACUUUGAGGACAGUGGUCAAGUCUACAGGUUUCCGCCUACAUCCCCCCUGAAGCCCCUGCCUCAGCGGCCCCCAGUGUCAGAGAACUGCGACCUGCCCCGGCUCAUCCGCUGGGACGACUACGAGGAACUGCCCCAGCCAGAGAAGAUCCCCAUGAAGCCUCUGGUCCUGAACUCAGAGAUGUGGAACAAGAGACACAGCAUAGCCAUCGGAGAGGUGCACGAGUGCAAGAUCAUACGCAGGAGUGACAUCACCCCCAAGCAAGUCGACCAAAUCUGGAAGUCAAUGACAAUCGCACAUUUGCAGAGAGUGCUCGGUCUGAAGACAAUGGAUGGAGUGUUGGAUCCCAAACGCGUGAAUGCGAAGCAUAUCAUUCACAAUGUAUUCAGUGUCAACAAAACAGGAAUAGUCAUUCUGAAGAACAAAGCGGAGGACAUGCCCUAUUGGGUUUUAUCAGCAAUGAAGUGCCUAGCCAACUGGCCCAACGGUAGGGAGACCAAGCAGCCCAUGUACCCAGGCUUUGAGCGUGACGUGCUGCGGACGGUGGCUGAGUACUUCCAGAGACUCAAAGAGCCCCUGUUGACCUUCCAGCUCUAUGAAGUCUUUGUCAACAUUCUCAGUCUGCUGCAGCAGAAAGAAGUGGCAGCGGAGGCCCUCCAGGUGUGCAGCCUCCUGCUGCCCCCGGCCAACCGCCGCAGACUCCAGCUGCUCCUCCGCCUCAUGGCCAGGGUCUGCCAGAACCCCGCCCUUCCCCCGCUUAACGACGCCAUAGCAACACGCACCCUGAUGGUGCAGACAUUCUCGCGCUGCAUCCUGGGCUCUGCAGAGGAGGUGGACCUGGACGAGCUCCUGGCCACCAAGCUGGUCACCUUCAUGAUGGAGCACCACGAAAGUGUCCUCAGGGUGCCGUCUAGCCUGCACAGACACGUGGAAGAUCACCUCUCCCACCUCAGGAGGGUACAGAUAAAGUAUGCAGGUGCAGAUACAGACGCCUCCCUGGCGUCUCCGUCGUACUGCAGGCAGAUCAGCAGGGCAGAGUUUGAGGAGCAGAGGGUCUCCAGCUCCCAGGGGCCCAUGCAGGAGCUGCUGGAGGGCCUCAUCGCAGACACUGAGCUCUCAGCCAAGGACAAGAGGAAGAGACUCAAGCAGUUCCAGAAGUCCUAUCCGGAGAUCUACCGCAGGCGGUUCCCAACAGCGGAGAGCAAGGCUGCCGUCCUACCAGAGAAAGCUCCACGGCUCAAACCCCAGCUCAUGCUCCUAACCCUGAAGAAACCCUUCCAGCCUUUCCAGAGGAGCUGGAGCUUUAGGGCCUAAACUCUCACCUCUGACUCUGCACGUCUGACCACUACAGUGUGGCCAGGAGACAUGGGUGUUGGAGUGUUUGGAGCAUGUUCCACAGCAGGUCAAUGAGAAUAGAAUUCACAGGGGUAAAGUGGCAAUGGUAUGGAAUAGUGUUGCCAAUUUGACUUACUAUAGUAGAAACUACUGUUAAACUAAGAAGAGAAGGAUGCUAGGAAUCCAUAAAGGGCAGCUUGUGUUAGCCAACAUUUAAACAGUGAAUGGAAAUGAUCAUGCAUAACAUAGGUCUAUAGAAUUGGUCACUACGGGUAGAAUUACUCAUUUGUGUGCCAUGUUUUUUAAAUAUUAUUUUUGUUGUAUUUUUUAUUUAUUUUUUUCUCCCCAAUUUCAAUCUUGUCUCAUCGC